AUUUGUGUUUUGUUUUUAAGAAAACUUUUAUCUUUACAGGGAAAAAUGAAGAACGAAAUUGCUGCUGUUGUCUUCUUCUUCACAAGGCUGGUUCGAAAACAUGAUAAGUUGAAAAAAGAAGCCGUUGAGAGAUUUGCUGAGAAAUUGACUCAAAUACUUCAAGAAAAAUAUAAAAACCACUGGUACCCAGAAAAACCAUCAAAAGGACAGGCCUACAGAUGCAUUCGUGUCAAUAAGUUUCAGAGAGUUGAUCCUGAUGUCCUGAAAGCCUGUGAGAACAGCUGCAUUUUGUACAGUGACCUAGGCUUGCCAAAAGAACUUACACUCUGGGUGGAUCCAUGUGAGGUGUGCUGUCGGUAUGGAGAGAAAAACAAUGCAUUCAUCGUUGCCAGCUUUGAAAAUGAGGAUGAAAACAAGGAUGAGAUUUCCAAGAAAGUUAGCAGGGCUCUUGAUAAGGUGACCUCUGAUUAUCACUCAGGAUCAUCUUCUUCAGAUGAAGAAACAAGCAAGGAAGUGGAAGUGAAACCAAGUUCAGUGACUGCAACACCAAGCCCGGUGUACCAGAUUUCAGAACUGAUCUUCCCACCUCUUCCAAUGUGGCAUCCAUUGCCCAGAAAAAAGCCAGGAAUGUACCGAGGGAAUGGCCAUCAGAGUCACUAUCCUCCUCCUGUUCCAUUUGGUUAUCCAAAUCCAGGAAGGAAGAAUAAACCAUAUCGUCCAAUUCCAGUGACAUGGGUACCUCCUCCUGGAAUGCAUUGUGACCGAAAUCACUGGAUUAAUCCUCACAUGUUAGCACCUCACUAGCUCCUUUUGAUUUUGUUUGUCAUGUUGAUAGGAAGGAAGAAAAUACAUUACUAUAUACUAAAAGUUCAUACUUGUAGUGAAGUUAGAUGGGCGAAACCAUCAAACUUAUUUUUAUAGAAAAGUUAUUGAGAAUAAUCUUUCUUAAAAAAGUAUAUAUAUAUAUAUAUAUGCACUUUAGAUAUAUUGAAAUAGUUUGAAAAACUUUAUUAAAGUUAGUCAAGUGCCUGAGUUUUUAAUAUUGGACUUAAGUAUUUAUAUAUUGUGCAUUGACUCUGUUGGAUACAAAAACACUGUAGGAGUGGGCGAUGUGUUCUAGCACCUUUGAGCAUUGACUUUAUGGAGAGUAUGUAAGUUAUUUAUACACAAGGAAAUCUAUUUUAUGUUAUUAUUUAGAAGAAUUGCGUGAAAUCAUGUAGUUGCAAAUAAAAAGUAGUCUGAGGCAUGACAACUUGUGGUUUUGUUCUUUCUGUACAUAAGAAAAUAAUCUAAAAUGUUCCUUUAAAAAAACAACUUUUUAUUGAACAUGUUCCCCAAAACCCACAUAUUAAAGUAUACAUGUAAAAAAAUUAUAUUUACUGGCAGUAACUAGUUGAAAAUAUAAAAUACAACAAAAUAACUUUGAACUAUCAUAAUCAAUAUAUAUGGGAAUUUUGUCACCAGGAUUUUGGCCUGUAGUUUCUAGGACAUUUGACUUACAUGCCUUAUACCAUUAGGGAAAGCAGAAAUAUUCUUGUGGCCAUUCUUAAUCCACCUUGUAAACUAGGUACUGUGGCAAGCACCUGUAAUCCCAUUUCUUGAGAGG